GAGACCAUGGGCAAUACCAUCCUGCGGGCACUCUGCUGUGUGGGAAAGAACCAGAAGAGCAGGAAGGAGAAUCGAGGUGUGAAAAGGAAACGGCAGAAAAUGACCACACCUGAAGGAGAAUUUCAUGGUCAAGAUGGGAAAAGUAAAGAAUGUCCCUCUACUUCUAAUCAGGAACAGGACGAUGCGGGUAGUGGGUGCUCCGAGGAUGUGUGCUACACCAUCAUUAACCACGUGGCCCCACGCUGGCCGUCCCUGGCCUCCACGGACCAUGGCUACGAGAAUGUGAACACCAUCAGGAGGGCAGGGAGGCACCUCAGGGAGGAUUCGGAGACAGAGACGGAGUACGCCCUGCUCAGGAGCGCAGUCUCUGGCGCCUCUUCCUGCACGCCUGAGCACGACUACGAGAUUGUGCUCCCACAGUGACCCGCAGGCCACUGUCUCCUUUGCCCUGGACGUGUGGUAGGAGGGUACCUGCACUCUGUCACCCUGGGCACUGCUCAGUGGCAUCGCUGUGGCCUGAGGAAGGUACUGGCCUGGGCUUGGUGACUUCCCGGUGUGAUGAGGCACUGAGUUGGUGAACAGCUCUGCCAAGAUGGAACAGACGCACAGAGCCGAGUGCAGCCUCCCCAGGACUACUGUCCCUCCAAAUUCAGACAUGAUGAGCUGCAUGGGUGAGCAGUCCCAGGGCCGGGUGCCUGGGGACAUAGCUCGGGAGCACGAGCCCCUGCCUGGCAAGUGUGUUUACCGUAGUUUUGUCUUUGGUGUGGGCUGGAGAAUCUUGUUUCUUGAUCGAAGUUCAAAAACCUUUUUGUUUUCAAACACCGUCCGUCUGAGAGGAGCCGCUGACUGCAUCUCAGAGCAUAGAGCACUGCACCACUGUGCGCUCGCCUUUUCUGUCGCGUGUACAUUGGAAUGCUCUGUUCAAAGGUCAGCAGAAAAUGAAAAACGAAAGUAAACUUGUACUUACAGCUUUGUUCACGACUUAGAGCUAGCUGUGCUCCUGACUAGGUUCCUCUUCUGAGGGAAUAGGGUCUGGCUUUGAAAUCCCAGAAACACGGUGAAUAGGACACGUACUUGUACUGUCCCAGUGAAUUUUUAUGUUAUGAAGAAGUACCCCAAGGCCAUAAAAAUCUUAGCACUCAUGAUGUUUUCCUCUGAACCUUGAUUAGUAGUCCAACCUUAGGCACUCCUGGGAUUUGGCCAGUACAGUUGGGAACCUGUUGGCUUUGCUGUGAAGAAGAAUGGGUAUGCUUCUGUCAGUGGCUGGCAGAUGUGAGGACAUCAUGUCACAUGAAUGCUGGCAGAGGAGCUUGAUGGGCAGGUGAAGGGGCGACACAUCCUCACAUGGUGGGGUCCAGGUACAGCAGCCAUGGUGGUGGGGUCACCCAUGGAAUCCUCCACUCCACAACUGACCUGGCUGUGGGCGCUGGCGAGUAUGUUUUGCCCAAGAGUGAGGCAAACACUGAGCCCAGGGGGGGAACAUUUCUGGGUGACUAGCCAGCCACCAGGGGCGGUGACCGUGGCCACCUCUGUCAGGGAAAGAUCUGCAUGGGAGCUUUGGAGGAUUUGCUUUCCCUGCACACUGUGCUUCUGACAGGGAGACCACCUGGAAACCUACAGGAGGCCUUGUCUCCCCUCACUGUGAGGCCAGAGCUCCCCUCGCAGCCGUGGCGUGUGAGGGCCCAGUGCUGCGCGCUUCCUGCUGCCUCCCGCACCAAGGCAGCUGAAAGGGGCAGGGCCCUGGAAGGCUCAGCUCCAGCACGGAGAGGAGCAAAGCUUUCUAGGGUGCAGCCUGGCUCUCAAGAGUGAGAAACGUGCUCGGGAUUUGGGUCCAAAUGUGGCACUUCUCACACAGAAAUGCUCACAAGCCCAGGAAGGAGGAGAAGGGUGUGCAGAGCGGCCCCCAGGCCGCU